UCUGGCUGCGCUUCACUUCAUUUUCCACCCCAACAUGUUGGAAAUGGGAGAAGGAGGAGGAUGCUGCGCUCUACCCUUGGUGCGUUCCUUUCGGCCAGCACACGCUGCCUCUGACUCAGACUCCACCUCAGCCUUCAGUUGCCUCCGACUAAAGGACUUAAGAGAGGAGGUGGGGAAAGAAACAAAAAACAAACUGGAGCUCAGGAGUUCUCACUACAGACUCUCAAACAGAGACCACAGCAGGAGAAAAGAGCAGAGCACAAACUGCUCCUCUUCUGUGGUGGAAACUACCACUACCUCAGCAGUGACCACCUCCUCCUCCUCUUCGGGUUUCCCUGCUUCUUUUUCACCCCUCUCGGCUCCGAGAUCCAUGUGGCAAGAGGUAAUGAAGAGGAAACAGUAUCUACUUGACCGUGCAGGGGUGUCUGGUGAAGUGGAUAAAGGAGGCGGUGAGGAGAAGAGGAACAGGUCCCCGGACUGGCUGUAUGAAUCCUACUACUGUAUGAGCCAGCAGCAUCCUCUCAUUGUGUUUUUGCUUCUCAUAGUGAUGGGAGCCUGCCUGGCUCUGCUGACUGUGUUUUUUGCUUCGGGGCUGAGCAUCUCAGACCAUGUGGCCUUUGUAAUCACGGUGCCCACGGCACUGGCUAUAUUCCUGACAGUGUUUGUUCUUGUCUGCAUUGAGUCCAUCUUCAAGAAGCUUUUACGUGUUUUUUCCUUGGUCAUCUGGGCUUGCCUGGUUGCAAUGGGUUACCUUUUCAUGUUUUCUGGUGGGAUCAUCUGUCCAUGGGAUCAGGUAUCCUUCUUCCUGUUCAUUGUGUUUGUGGCUUACACCAUGCUACCCUUCUCUAUGCGGGAAGCCAUCAUUGCCAGUGUCCUGACCUCCGCCUCUCACACCAUUGUGUUGAGUGUCUGCUUGUCCACAACAGCUGGUCACAGGGAGGCAGUAGUGUGGCAGAUUUUGGCCAAUGUUAUUAUUUUUGUUUGUGGCAACAUGGCCGGGGCUUACCACAAGCAUCUGAUGGAGUUGGCACUGAAACAGACCUACCAUGACACCUGUAACUGUAUCAAGUCCCCAAUUAAACUGGAGUUUGAGAAGAGACAACAGGAGCGUCUUCUUUUGUCUCUGCUGCCAGCUCACAUAGCUCGUGUAAUGAAAGCUGAGAUAAUCCAGAGGCUGAAGGGACCAAACUUUGGCCAGAUUGAGAACACAAACAACUUUCACAACCUCUAUGUCCAGAGGCACACCAAUGUCAGCAUCCUUUAUGCAGAUAUUGUUGGAUUCACGCGUCUGGCGAGUGACUGCUCACCAGGGGAACUGGUGCACAUGCUGAAUGAGCUGUUUGGCAAAUUUGACCAAAUUGCUAAGGACAAUGAAUGUAUGCGGAUCAAAAUUCUUGGCGACUGUUACUACUGUGUGUCGGGCCUCCCAGAGUCAUUGCCGAACCACGCUAAAAACUGUGUGAAAAUGGGUCUGGACAUGUGUGAAGCUAUCAAAAAUGUACGAGACGCUACAGGGGUUGAUAUUAACAUGCGUGUGGGGGUGCAUUCUGGGAAUGUCCUGUGUGGCGUUAUUGGACUUCAAAAAUGGCAGUAUGACGUGUGGUCACAUGACGUCACACUGGCCAAUCAUAUGGAAGCAGGUGGUGUACCAGGACGAGUUCACAUAACAUCGGUGACACUGGAACACCUAAAUGGCGCUUAUAAGGUUGAAGAUGGGGAUGGACAAGAGAGAGAUCCUUACCUAAAGGAACACGGUGUCAUCACUUAUCUUGUAAUCAACCCAAACGUGGAGCGUCGGAGCUCACAGAUUUCUGAUCGGCCCAGACACGCUCUUGAUGGAGCAAAAACGAGAGCCUCAGUCAGGAUGACCCGGUACCUGAAGUCAUGGGGAGCAGCCAAGCCCUUUGCUAACCUGCACCACAGAGACAGCAUGACAAAUGAGAAUGGCAAGAUUAGCACUUCUGGUGUGCCGAUGGGUCAGUAUCAUUUCCACAGAUCAGAAAGGACAAAGUCUCAGAAGAAACGGUUUGAAGAAGAAUUCAAUGAAAGGAUGAUCAGGACCUUUGAUGGAAUCACUUCACAAAAACAAUGGCUCAAGUCUGAGGACAUACAAAGAAUAUCUCUGUUUUUUCACAACAGAUCCUUGGAGAAAGAGUACAGAGCAACAACCUUGCCGGCCUUUAAAUACUAUGUCACCUGCGCCUGUUUGAUCUUUUUCUGCAUUUUUGUUGUGCAGAUCUUGGUUCUGCCAAAAACGGCUGUCUUGGGAAUAUCAUUUGGAAUUGCUUUUCUCACCCUCUCGUUGACAAUCUUCAUAUGUUUCAUUGGGCACGUCUUGCACUGCAAUAAAAGUGCAUCUACUUCUUGGAUGUGGCUGCUGAGGUCAUCAGUUAUUAUUGCCAACAAGCCUUGGCGCCGCAUCACUCUCACCAUGACAACCACUGCUCUAAUACUCGUAAUGGCAGUCAUCAACAUGUUCUUUUUGGAAGAUGAUGCAUCGCCUCCAGUCCUGCUUUACAACUCCUCUAAUGAAACACUGCUUUACCCUAAUGGGCAGCUUCUAAACUUCUCUGGCAAAAAUAAUUAUUACCUCCCUUAUUUAAUUUACAGUUGCAUCCUGGGUCUGAUCUCUUGCUCGGUGUUCCUGAGGAUAAACUACGAGCUGAAGAUGAUUAUAAUGUUGACUGCAGUGGUGAUCUACAAUAUUAUUAUUCUACAAACACAUGCCUCUCUGCUGGAUGAAUAUAGCCGAUUCCUGUACAAGACUGAAAGCCUUGACAGACCAGGAGUUCUCAAGGAUCUGAAGACUAUGGGCUCCAUCUCCCUUUUUAUCUUCUUCAUCACAUUGCUCGUGCUUGCUAGACAGAAUGAAUAUUACUGUAGGUUGGACUUUCUCUGGAAGAACAAGUUUAAGAAAGAAUGUGAGGAAAUUGAAACAAUGGAGAAUCUCAACCGGGUUUUGCUCGAGAACGUCCUUCCUGCGCACGUUGCAGAACACUUCCUCGCUCGCAACUGGAAAAACGAGGAUCUGUACCACCAGUCCUAUGACUUGGUGUGUGUGAUGUUUGCCUCUAUCCCGGACUUUAAAGAAUUCUACACCGAAUCAGACGUCAACAAGGAGGGUUUAGAGUGUCUCAGGCUUCUCAAUGAAAUCAUUGCUGACUUUGAUGAGCUGCUUUCCAAACCUAAAUUUAGUGGUGUUGAGAAGAUAAAGACUAUUGGGAGCACUUACAUGGCAGCUACUGGACUUAACACAUCAUCUAUUACUGAGUAUACCACACAGGAGCAUGACAGACAGUACAUGCACUUAGGAACCAUGGUGGAGUUUGCGUUCGCCUUGGUCGGAAAGUUGGACGUCAUCAACAGACACUCAUUCAACGACUUUAAACUCAGAGUUGGAAUUAACCACGGCCCAGUGAUCGCUGGAGUCAUUGGAGCUCAGAAACCCCAGUAUGACAUUUGGGGAAACACGGUAAAUGUAGCCAGCAGAAUGGAAAGCACUGGAGUCCUGGGGAAAAUACAGGUGACGGAGGAGACAAGUUUCAUCCUUCUGAAUCUGGGCUACAUGUGCUCUUGCCGAGGCAUUAUCAACGUCAAGGGCAAAGGAGAGCUCAAGACCUUCUUUGUGCACACAGAGAUGACGCGCUCGCUGUCCCAAGGAAAUAUGAUGCUGUAAGACUGGUUGAGAGUAUCUGUUUACCUACACAGGUACAAUCCAAGAGACUGAGGAAUUAUCAUCUUCUUAGAGCUUUUGUAAUAAAAACAAGUGUUACUCAGGAAGAAAUAUGAACGAUAAGGGGAAAAAAAACAAUACCCCCCCCCCCCCCACCACCACCCCCACAGAUUUUACAAUUACUUUGAAAAACAACUAUGCCACAGAUCUAGUAUUCAUUUAGUCACUUCUGUAACUGUAUGUGUAUGGUGGACGGCAAUUAGGCAGUAAAUAUUACAAACGUAAUGCUAUUUGAAUGUUAAGGCUGAAAAGACCGAGAUGUUCUGACCUUCAGGCUCAAUGAGAAGAAAGAAGAGAUUCAGAUGUCCCAAAUCAGUAAUUGCUUAGCUCUGAGAUGCUAGUUGCAGUUACUGGACCACAGAAACCCCUGCUCUGACGCCAGCUGCACUACAGCAGCUCUCCCUUUUCACAGUACACUUUGGUUGCAGAAUACUGUGCGUGGAAGAAGCCAAAACGCAUCAGCAGAGUUUUUAAAAAGACUGAUAUUGCCGCGAACACCAGCUCGUCACUGGUGUUAUGAAUGUAAGUUAAUUUGUGUUCUUCUCACAAGUAUUUGAAAUAUUUCAAAACAUCAAGUAUCAGAAGAUAUCCAGAAAAAAAACAGCAGAAGCCUUACUUUUUGCAAAUGUGAAGCUCGUCUCGAAAAGGAAGAAAUUCACAAUGUAUCCUUCAUACAUCUGUUAGAACCACAGCGUCUUGGAUGUGUUCUGCAGAACAUCUGGAAUGGCACAUUUUGAAGAAGAAAAAAAAA